AAAAUAACUAUUUUUUUAAAAAAAAAUUCUGCAUAACUCUAAUGGCAAAUUUUAUUAAUUCCAGUCCUGGAAUUUUGUGCUUGAUCUAAAUUUUCUCUUUUUUUCCUCAUGAAUAGUUGUGAGGACACGAGAUCCUGUCCAGCCAGCUAUUUUUAUUUAUUUUUUUUCCAAUUUCACUUGGAGUGGGGAGUGUCGCGUCUUUGUCCGGUUUCCACCCUCUUUAUUUCUGGGAAGGAGAACCGUCUGCAUUCCACAAACCGCAAAUAAACUCUAUAUUAGCCAACUUUUGGGCUGGCUCUGACCCCCAGGGAUCCCCACCCAUCUGGGGCGUGUGUAAUCACACCUCUUUGCCAGCCACACCGAUUGAAAUGCGUUAGUCAAUUUUAAACCGCCGUUGUGUCACGAUUCCGUAAGGCUCCGCCAGACGUUCGCAGCUGGUCAUUUUUUAAAAUAUUUCUGCACGAUAAAUCUCUACAGGUUUAUCCUCGACUUACAACGAAACUGUUCAACCUUACAACAGAACGGGGGAAAAAAAAAAAAACUGACUGGCAACCGGUCCUCAGACUUAUGACCGUCACAGUAUUACCACGAUCCCGGGAUCAAAAUUUGGCAAACGGCAUUUACAACGGUUGCUGGGUCUUGGAGGGUGUGUGUGUGUGUCCCGUGAUUGUGAUUUUCGACCUUCCCGGCCGGUGUCCAACAAGCAAAGGCCGGAUUCGCUUAACGACCGCCUGGUUCACUUAGGAACGGCAGUGAUUUGCUUAACGGCCACGGGGGGGGGGGAAGGUUGUAAAGCCAGACUUAGCUUAAAAACUGCCUUGCCUUGCUUAGAAAUGAGAUAUUCGGAUCCCAAUUAUGGUCAUAAGUCAAGGACUGCCUUUCUCUAACCGAGGUGGUCUUCAACGUACAACUGCUCAUUUAGUGACCAUUCAGAGUUACGACGGCGCUGAAAAAAGGGACUGUUUUUCACACUUAAUGACCAUUACGGCAUCCCUGUCAUCGUGGGAUCAAAAUUCAAGAUGCUUGGCCACUGACUCAUAUUUACGACGGGUUGCACAUGUCCCGGAUGAUCAUCCUUUUGUGACCUUCUGAUGAGCCAAGUCAACAAGGAAGCCAUCUUCACUUAACAACGGUGUUUCUACCUUAACAGCGGUGUUUCUACCUUAAUCAUGAUUCACUGAACAACUGUGGCAAGGAAGAUCGUAAAAUGUUUCGCUUAGCAACAAACAUUUGCGGCUCACUUGUGGUCGUAAAUCAAGGAUUAUCUGUAUAUUCUUGUAAUGAAAACCCAGCCGAUUUCUGCUUGGUUUAAUAAAAUAAAUGUUUAAGGAACAUUUAUAAUACAUAAUCCUUGAGACUUUGAGCCAUAGUAGUAAACAUUAUAGCACAGAUAUACGUCAUAAUUCAUGUUCAAAGAUUUUAAGGAUCGUCCAAGAGGCCCAAAUAAUAAUUCAAUCAUCAUCAUUUUCAGGCGAAAGGAAAUGAGAUUUUCCUUAAAAGCCAAUUGAUGCUGAGUCACUAACACGAUAUUCUGACUCAGCACAAGAUGUUCCCGAGCAAAAAAUAUUUCCAGGAAAAAGGGGUGGUGGAAAAAAAAUUCCUUUGGACGAGCGUGAAUUAAAUCCAAGAUAUUUUUUUGCUAACUCGAGACACCGCUGCCAGAAAACAAGACAGGGCUCGGCUGCCAGAUGACAACUCUGGAGAUAUUUUUGGUAUUUUGAAAGAAAACAAACACACCAAAAAAAGUAUUUUGGGAGCUUGUUUUGAAAACUCUGGCUCCCUGGAUGAAUUUGUCUUUUGUGUCAGCCUUUUGCACCUGCAGUUUUCAUGGAAUUUUUUAUUUUUUUUUAUAGAGUGGAUGAAGGAAGCAUUUAAUAAAUGCAAGAAAAUAUUUUUAAGAGGCUCGUCUGAAAAAUUUAGAUCUGUUUAUUUUAGCAACCAGGUUGCUACAGGCCAGGGGAACAAAAUGGAUUAAAUGAGAAUUUGGAAGACGGCAAACAUUGAAGAAGACGCUGUUUUUGUUGUUUUUUUUCAUUGCAAAUACUCAGUUUUGAGGAUUUACCUAAGGAAGAAGCAGGGAUACGUUUCCUUACUUCCAGCUUUCAGGAACAGGUCAAAGCAAGAAUAAUCAAAUAAAACUUAAAGUACUUUUUCAGUAGGAAAAGAAAUGGAUUGACUGUUUAACAUGCCACUUUCUUGUAAAAAAUACAUUGAACUUAUCCAAGAAAUACAUUGAACUUAUGGCCAGAAUUGAGGCUUGAAUUUCGGUUGCUUAACAAAACAGUUCUUAAAUGAGUUAUGUCCUGUCCAGGGGCAAUCCAUCUAUCUUAAACGAGGCUGGCUGGGGAAUUCUGGGAGUUGAAGUCCACCCAUCUUAAAGCAAGAUGGCUGGGGAAUUCUGGGAGUUGAAGUCCACCCAUCUUAAAGCAGGCUGGGGAAGGGAGGGGAGGGGAGCCUGGAGGUCUUCUAGUCUAACUGGAAGGAAAGGAAGGAAGGAAGGAAGGAAGGAAGGAAGGAAGGAAGGAAGGAAAGAAGGAAGGAAGGAAGGAAGGAAGGAAGGAAGGAAGGAAGGAAGGAAGGAAGGAUAACAGAGCCUGGAGAUCUUCUAGUCCGACCAGAAGGAAGGAAGGAAGGAAGGAAGGGAAGAAGGAAGGAAAGAAGGAAGGAAGGAAGGAAGGAUAACAGAGCCUGAAGGUCUUCUUGUGCAACCGGAAGGAAGGAGGGAAAGAAGGAAGGAAGGAAGGAAAGGAAGAAAGAAGGAAAGGAAGGAACGAAGAAAGGAAGAAGGAAGGAAGGAAGGAAGGAAGGAAGGAAAACAGAGCCUGAAGAUCUUCUAGCCCAACCAAAAGGAAGGAGGAAAAGAAGGAAGGAAGGAAGGAAGGAAGGAAGGAAGGAAGGAAGGAAGGAAGGAAGGAAAGAAAGAAGGCAGAAUAACAGGAUAACAGAGCUGGAAGAGGCCUUGGAAGUCUUCUAGUCCAAUCCCUGCUCAGGUAGGAAACCCUAUGCCAUUCCAGCCAAAAGGUGAGCCAAUCUCUUCUUAAAAACUUCCUGUGUUGGAGCAUUCCCAACUGCUGGAGGCAGAGGUUUUAUUUUAUUUUAUUUUCGCUGAACGGAUUCACGGACGCGAGGAGUGUGCAAACAAUCCUUAUAAGGCAUGCUUUGCUCUCUCUCUCUCUUUUUUUUUUUUUGCACGAACACCUGCAAUGGGGGCUGGAGGCAAGGCCAAAAAAAAAAUUUUUUUUUUCCCCUUCUCCUUAAAUGAAAACCAGAAAAACCCACCCCCUUGGCUCUCCUUUCCCUGCUUCCCACUGGCUGGACCCGGUUGUAAAAAAAAAAAAGGGGGGAGGCGAGGAGGGGCAGAUUAAGUCAUCGGAUGAGUAAGAUAUAAAGUUUUCUUUGGUGAGCGAGUCCCAACAGAGAGAAUUCCACUCCGCCGUGCCUUGCAAAGCGAGGACAAAAAAAAUAUAUAUCUUGAUUUUGGCUGCCGGAGAGGUGAUGCUGAAUCCAGUUUAAGAAAAAAAAAAAACAAUUUUUCUCUCUCUCUGUUUUUAUCUGGGAGACCCCUAAUGCUGGACAACUUCAUCCCGGAUUCCUGAAUAUUUUGAUUCCUUCCAUCGUGCUUGGAUCCCGAAUUAUCCUUCGCUGAGCUGGAUCGUGCUGAACAAGCCAGGAACCAUGCAAGCUUGGACGCUCUUACCCAUCAUGGCUUGUGGCCUCCUGACGCUGUGCCCUCAGGGGUCCACAACCAGCAUGGGCCACCCGCUACCCAAACCCCUCCAAGGCCCAAAUACCCCUCAUCCGUUGGUCAGCCACACCCCGCUCUCCGGACCGGAGAAAGCAUCUCCCGCGGCGUCCGAUGACUACGACGACUACUACGAAGAUUAUUACGACAACUUUCAGACCACCGAGUCCCCCCGUUCCGUCUCCCCGGGGUCGCUGACCCCCUUUUGUGCCUACGACCGCUGCAAACAUCUCCAAGUGCCUUGCGCAGAAUUGAGCCGGUUAAGCAAAUGUUUGUGUCCCGGAGUCACCGGUCCGGACGUCCUCCCGGACGCUCCCCGUUUACGAGCGGUUCACGUCAGCGAGACCCGAGCGAACUUGCACUGGUGCGCCCCUUCGUCCACGGUUCAAAAGUACCACCUCAAGUACCAGAUCCCCGGCGAGGAUUUCAUUUCGGGGCCGCCGCUAAACAACACCGUCCGCGUCACAGUGCUGUCUGACCUCAUACCCGGCACCGAAUAUCUCCUCUGCGUCGUGGCGGCCAACCGAGCUGGGUUCAGCCCGACGGACGAUGGCGUUCGAGAACACGGACCGUGCCGGCGUGUUCGAACCCCGGCUCACCAGAUGACCUAUGUCUAUAUAGCAGUGGGUUUGGCCUCUGUGGUAAUCCUGGGGGUUGUUUCUGUCCUCUUGUGGCGUUUCUACAUACGGAAAGCCAAACCCAUCCAGCAUGGAUCCUUGGAUAAUAUCCUAGAUGGGGAGCUGAGUUCGGGACACGCCGGAGCCACCAACAGCUCAUUCCGGACGGAAGAACAACUGUGAUGGUUGCUUCCUAGUGCCAGUUUCUAUUAGUGUCCCGUUUUGGACGAUCACCGAGUUUCUUUUUACGGCGGGGACACUGAGGCACGAUCAUGGAGAGGCUGUGCAAGUGAUGGAAGACAGAGGGGCUCCGAUGACGGACAGUUGGACCGAAGCCUCCCUUUUCUGCUGGACAAUGGUUUUCAAAGUGAAUUGAUUCUCUUUACGGACUGCAGGUAGUCCUCGACUUACGACCGUGUGUUGAGCAACCAUUCAAAGUUAAAACGGCGCUGAGAAAAAGCGACUAACGACCAAUCCUCACACCGAAAAACCAAUACAGUAUUCCCACGGUCACAUAAACAAAAUUCGAGCGCUUGGCAGCCAGCAUAUCUUUAUGACGGCUGCGGUGUCCCAGGGUCAGGCAAUCCCCAUUUGUGACCUCGUCAGCCAGCUUCCAACAAGCAAAAUCAAUGGGGGAAACUGGAUUCGCUUAAUGACCAUGUGAUUCACUUAGCAACCGUGGCAAAAAAAAAACCUUGUAGUAUUGGGCUGUCUUAUAGCUGCCUAGUUUAGCAAUGAAAAUUCUGGUCCCAAUUGUCAUCGUAAGUUGAGGAGUACUUGUGUUCUCUUUCUCCCUCUUCCUUCCUUCCUUCCUCCCUCCCUCCCUCCCUCCUUCUCCUCCUCUUCCUUCCUUUCUUCGUCCCUUUCUCCUCCCUGCCUCCCUCCUUCCUUCCUUCCACCCUCCCCCCUGCCACCCUCCCUCCUUCUCCUCCUUCCUUCCUUUCUUUCUUCCUUCCUUCCAUCCAUCCAUCCUUCCUUCCUCCCUCCCUCCCUCCUUCUCUCCCUCUUUCUCCUCCUCCUCUUCCUUCCUUCCUUCCUUCGUCCCUUUCUCCCCCCUGCCUUCCUCCCUCCUUCUCCUUCUUUCCUUCCUUCCUUCCUUCCUCCCUCCCUCCCUCCCUCCCUCCCUCCCUCCCUCCCUCCUUCCUUCCUUCCUUCCUUCCUUCCUUCCUUCCUUCCUUCCUUCCUUCCUUCUCCUGAUGGCUGCUAGUUCUCGGAAUGCAGAGAUAAUUUUCCAAUCCAGAUGUUGUGAAUUAUGUUUAUUUAUGUAUUUAUUAGCUCGCUCUACUAUCUCUCUCUCUCUCUCUUUUAAUCAUGCCACGGUACAGCUAUCCCCACCCUGGCAUCCCUUCGCCACUGUGUGAGUCGAUGACAGCACCAGAUGGGAAGAUCACACGUAAAGACAAUGGAAUGAGGGAAGGGAUCGAGGGCGGGGGGGAGGGCCUCUUUCGGAGUGCGGGGUACUACAUCCUGUCUGUUGCAAUGACUGAAGGUACUUUGAAGAAAAAAAUGCUGGUUUCUUACACCUGCUUUUGUAGCUGGCUGGCAUCUUCAGAUCUACAAUAGCUCAUCCUUGGGGGGUUAGACUAGAUGACCUCACAGUCCUUUCCAACUGUUAGAUUCAAUGAUUCAGUAGUCCUACGGAGAACGCCUUCCCCUGCCUGGAGUCCCAGGUUCCAGGUUGUUUACUUCCCGCAAAGUUUAGCUCUGAUGCAGACAAAUCUCUCAAAAUCCAAAAUUAAUCCUUUUGCACCCAACAUUGUGAUCUGUUUAUUAACUCAAAGAAGGAAACUACUCUAAGACUUAAAACCAUUUCAAGAGUUGUGAUCUCAUUUGGGGGAAACGCUACUUACUCCUGCAAACUGCAGCUCCCCACAUCCUGCCAAUCACACCAGCUGGGAAAUUAAAAUUUAAUUUAUUUGUGCCAAUCACACCAGCUGGGAAAUUAUAAUUUAAUUUAAUUUAUUUUAAUUUAGGCGCGCCUCCCACUCCAAAAUCCUUCUGGAAUUCAAUAUCCAGACGGUUGCACAUUUUCCACCCCUAACCAACUUCCUCACCGAGGAAAGUUUUUUUUUUUAACUUUCUACCAAUUUGGCAUUUAGAAACUACCGAAUUCUAUCUUUGUGGUCUCGCAAGUAGGAGAAAAACUCCAGUUUGAACAUCUGGAGAAUUACCGCUGUCCAGUCUGGGACUUCGGGUGUACAUUUCAGCCGCUCCUUUCCUGCUUAUUUAACAAACCUCUAUUUAUUUUGCACAAUGAGGACUAGAUUCUUAUUUUACUAAUAGGAGACAAAGCCAUAGCUUUCUAUGCCGUUUGGAAAAUCCCUCUCUAAGUAUGGAGACGUUUGUGGUUUGACUUGUCCUUGACUGGCUUAAUAAUUUAGCUGUAAGAACUUUUGUGUGUGUGUGAUUCUGUGUGUGUCUUUUUGUGUGCGGAUGGGGUUGGGCUCACACAAUGCUCUUCUCUCGGUAUGGCCUAACAGGGAACAAUCUGAGCCUAACUUACGAAUUUAAGAAUCAUUCUGUCAACGGAUGUUUACUUUUUAUCGCUGGGAAGAAUAAAAUUGGGUUUAAAUCUGA